GGCGGAAACAGCGAGCCUUCUUUUCUCUAUUUAAGCGCGCCAACAAAGACUGUCCCAGGAGGUCUAGCUGUACUUCAUUCACUGCACAGCUGCCCGUCGGUUUUCCCCUCUCGUCGCCGUCUGUACUGUCCUUCUGAAACAAUGCCGGAGGAAACGUCCACCGCGUCGAGCUCUGGGAGUGCGGAGGAGAAGCCGUGCUCAUCAUCGUCGGCAGCUGCUGCGGACAGCUCGGUUGACGUCAUGGAGGAGGCAAAGAAACUGAUUGGCACAGGGAACAGGCAUCUAGUGAUGGGAGAUGUUGUUUCUGCUGUCAGUGUCUUCCAGGACGCCUGCGGCAUGCUGGCUGCAAGGUAUGGUGACACUGCAGAUGAGUGUGGUGAGGCCUUCUUCCUGUGUGGGAAGUCCCUACUGGAGCUUGCCAGGAUGGAGAACAGUGUCCUUGGCAAUGCCCUGGAGGGAGUCCCAGAAGAAUCGGAAGAAGAGGAGCAGCCCAGCAACUCAAACAUUGAGAGUGCCAACAACCUUGAUGCAGAUGAUGACGAUGACGAUGAUGAUGACGACGAUGAUGAUGAUGACGGUGGAGAGAGAAAUGGACAAGAUAAGGAAGAAGAUGAAGUUGGGAAUUUACAGCUGGCAUGGGAGAUGCUAGAGGUAGCCAAAGUAAUCUAUAAAAGAAAGGAAAGCAAAGACGACCAGCUGAUGGCAGCCCAGGCAUAUCUGAAACUAGGAGAAGUCAGUGCUGAGUCAGGCAACUAUCCCCAGGCGCUAGAAGACUUCCAGGAGUGUCUCACCCUGCAGCUAAAGCACUUGCCUCCCCAUAGUCGUCUGCUUGCUGAGACCCACUACCACGUUGCUACAACACUUUGCUACAUGGAUCAGUACAGUCAAGCCAUCCAGCACUACAACAGCUCCAUAAAAGUCAUUGAGACCCGUCUGGCCAUGUUGCAGGAGGUGAUUGACGCAGCAGAAGGAGCAGAUGGUGCAGCAGAGGAGAAAAAUGAGAUGGAAGAGCUGAAGCUGCUUCUGCCUGAUAUCAGGGAAAAAGUGGAAGAUGCCAAGGAAAGCCAGAGAACAGGCAGCGCUGCCUCACAGGCCAUCCAGCAGACACUAGGCGGUGCCUCAACUUCAUCAGCAUUCCCUUGUGAGAACGGUGGACCCUCAUCAUCAACAGCAGCAUUUGCAACAACCAGCCAGAUUCCAGUUAAAUCAUCUGACGGCGCCUUGUCUUCCAAGGCAGUCUCUGACAUCUCCCACCUUGUCAGGAAAAAGAGGAAACCAGAGGAGGAGAGCCCAGUAAAGGACACUGAUGCUAAACAAGCGAAACAGGAAGCCACAGUUAAUGGCAGCGGUGACUCCAGUGCCAGCAACGGCAAUGGAGUCCAGGAGGGAAAAUCACAGGAGCCUGCCAGUCAGUCAGCCUCAGUCCAGUCCUCGGCGUGACGUUCUUCGUCUCCUUCCUGAUCUUUAAAACCAGCACAGCAUGCCUGUCCAGCCCCUCUCCACGUUUCAACACUUGUUUCUGUAAAUAAGAUCCAUUUUCAUAGAUUUGUCUGUCAAGUUUUGUAUACUUGUAGUAAAAAAAUAAAGAAUUUGCAGAUGUAA